AUGAACACCCGUCAGUUGCUGGUGGUCGGCCUGAUCGUCCUGCUAACCGUGGCCAGCCUGUGCGAUGCGAGGCGCCGUUUUCCCAACCGGCGGCGUGGUCCUUCGCGGAAAACGCUCAAACAGCUGUACUACGAGUCGCGCGAAACAAACACACCCAACUUUGUCCGGCUGGUGCUGAUGCGGCUGAUCUACGGCAUUGCGACCCAGAUGGGAGUUGAGGAGCGGCUGGACAAUGUGUUUGGUGGUGCAUUCGUACCGCCGAACGCUGUCGACGAUAGUUCGGACUUUUUCGACGUGCUGAGCGACGAAAGUGGAGAAGAUUUUAGCUUCGGACUGUGA